UUACAGCAUUGGCGUUAAAAAAUGAGUUUAGCCCACUUCCUGGUCUUCGCGCAAACCCGGAGGUAACAGCAGGGAAUCAUCUCAACAAACACGUCAUGAACGCUAGCCGAGCUUCUUCCAGAAGUUUCUUUCCUGCCGCUGGCUUCCUGCCUCGGCGCCCCCACCAAUAGCCCCGGGACGUCGAGUCACCGUUGACCCCGCUCGACUCGCCGGUCUGACGUCUGCUCGUUCAAUGUGGGUGACACUUGAGUCAUCGUCUUUGGCGUGAAGCGGAAGGCUAAUUUACCUGAAGCUAGCCAGGAAGCUAGCGCCGUUUAACCGCAUGCGGUAGUUGGCAGCCGCUCCACCUGGAAUGUCGUUUUUUCCCGAGACGUGGGUGAAGAAGUGAGCGGUCGUUGUGAUGGGGAAAGACUACUACAAGGUGCUGGGAAUAGCCAAGGGCGCGUCGGAAGACGAAAUCAAGAAGGCGUACAGGAAGCAGGCCCUCCGCUACCACCCCGACAAGAACAAGUCCGCCGGUGCCGAGGACAAAUUUAAGGCGAUAGCGGAAGCCUACGACGUCCUCAGCGACGCCAAGAAGAAAGACAUUUACGACCGAUAUGGCGAAGAAGGCCUGAAGGGUUCAGCCGGCGGUGGCGGCGGAGCCCGCAGCGGCUCCGCGUACAACUACACCUUCCACGGCGACCCCCACGCCAUGUUCGCCGAGUUCUUCGGCGGACGCGGCCCCUUCGACCACUUUUUCUCGCAGAACGGCGGCGACGACUGCAUGGACGGCGCCGACCCCUUCGCCGCCUUCGGGAUGGGCGACAUGGGCGGCUUCCACCGGCCCUUCAAGUCCCACCUGGGCGGCCCCCGCUUCGGCCGCGAAAGGCAGAAGGACCCGCCCGUGGUCCAUGAGCUGAAGGUGAGCCUGGAGGAGGUCUUCGCCGGCUGCACCAAGAAGAUGAGGAUCUCGCGCAAGAGACUGAACCCUGACGGCCAAACCACGCGCAGCGAGGAUAAGAUUUUGUCCGUGGACAUCAAGCGCGGCUGGAAAGAGGGAACCAAGAUAACCUUCCCCCGCGAGGGCGACGAGACCCCCACUAACAUUCCUGCCGACGUGGUGUUUGUGGUUAAAGACAAGCCUCACCCCGUGUUCAGGAGGGAGGGCUCCGAUAUUAUUUACCCUGCCAAAAUAUCACUCAGAGACGCUUUGUGCGGGUGCACGGUCAGCGCGCCGACGCUGGACGGCCGCACCGUCACGGUGACGUCCCGGGACGUGGUGAAGCCGGGCACCAAGAAGCGCAUCGCGGGCGAGGGCCUGCCGCUGUCCAAGUGGCCCGACAAGCGGGGCGACAUGAUCCUGGACUUCUGCGUCAAGUUCCCCGAUAAGCUGGGCCAGAACACGCGCGACGCGCUCAGGCAGGUCCUCCCGCCGUGAUGCGGUCCGCCACGCACGGAAGGAACACUUGUUCAACCCCAUGCCACGCCACGCCGCUCUUCAGGGUGCUGUUAUUUGGGUUUACUUUGAAACCUGGUCUUGAAACGACUCAGGGAUGCUUUGCAUUGACUUCAGUUUGCUUGCUGAAGGCAAACUUCUCCAAAAAUAUCUUAAAACUAAGACCAGAGUAGUGACUUUAGUAUUUAUCCUCUUUCUAAGACAACAAUUUAUUUGGGAGUGAACAAACACUGCCUGAGUUUGAAACCUUUUAGCUCUUUCGUUUCUUUUACUAGCACACACUAACACUUAACAGUCUGCUGAUUGAAAAUCAAUAAUGGAGCUUGGACACUAUAAAGGAGUGAGGCUGCCCUGACAACCAAAAUGAGAAAGGAGGAAAUUGUAAUAUUUCAAAGACUAUAUUUUAUGCAACUUGGAAACUUACAAACUUUGUUUUUAUUUUUAUUUAUUUUUUACUGAACAAAUACGUAAAAUUACAGUAAGUCAAAAAUAUUACAAGUCAAUUUAAAAAAAUAUAUUGAUGAAAACUCGUUUUUCUGCAUGGGUGGAGAUUACACAAACAAAUCUUUAAAAUUUAUUUUAUGAGGGAAAACAGGUAAAAUAUUAGUAAAAUAAUUGCAGUCAUAAUUUCACCCAAAAUUAAAGUGUUUUUUUAAUUUAUAAUUGAUGAGAAAAAUGCAUACUUUUAAAGUUUUUAAGUCAAACUGUGCAUAAAGCAUAACUAUUGAAUUGAUAUGAAGCGAUAUUGGUUAUUCUGACAUUCGUGCAUUGAAACGACAAAUUUAUUCUCGUAAUACUGUGACGUUUUGGCUCAAAAGAAGUCACAUUUGAUAUUCAAUGUAUGACAUUUUACUUGUAAUUUUUACAAUUUAAUUUUUAAAAUUUUUUUUAUCCCCCCCCCUCAGUGGUGCUUUUACACUCCAAUGUGGAAAACACCUGAACAGUGUUUCAAGAUGCACCGAGCCCCUUCACCCGUUCUCAUUUCGUAAUAUAUUUCGUUCACUGCCAUUGACUGCUGUUGAAUUCCAAUAUCCAUGUCAACAUGGAGGACUGGCAAUGUGUGAAGCGCCCAUGUGGCGUUCAAGUGACGCGGGCGUUUUUUUUCGGUUCCACUUCCUAAGGUUCGAGCUCCCUUUUAAUGAACAAUACCUCCGAUGUCGCACUGUGAGCGCUGUUUCACCGUCGCUGACCUCAUGUGGACUGUGUUUACUAUGCCACUUACCUCAUUCGUUAGUUGCACAAUAAACAACGGCAGUGAAGUAGCAUUCAAAUACACUUAUGUAUUAGCUGGGGAAAAUCUGAAUUAUUUUAAUUUAUGUGCCAAAUGAUUGUCAUGUGGGCGUCGUGUGCGGAUGUUGAAGGCAAGUUGAAAAUAUUUUUAAUAUAUUGCAUUAUCAUAAUAGCACUUGUUUGACUUUUGGUCACUUUUAAGGAGAAAGACGACAACUUUCUGCCCGACGUAACACAACUGUGUAGAGAUCUCUAGUCUCUUCUGAUGCCUUCCUUUUUUUGCAUCUACAUCACGCACAGUGGAUAUAAAAAGUCUACACACCCCUGUUUCAAAAGUGGCAGGUUUUUGUGAUAUGAAUAAACUGAAACUAAGAUGAAUCAUUUCAAAACCUUUUCCACCAUUAAUGUGGCCUUAACCCUGUGCAAACUAAUAGUUUUUUGCAGGGAUCUUUUUCAGAGGAGAAAUUAAACGAGUGAAAUGUGGUACAUAAGUGUGCACACCCACAUAAACUGAGGCUUUCCCUGUGUUCAGAAUGAACCGAUCACAUUCAAACUCAAAUACAACUGCCACCAUUUAAAAUGUUUUGUUUACCCCAAUUAAGGUUCAGGUGUUCUAGUAGGAUUUUUCUGACAUUUUUUAGGGGGGGCUUUUUAGGCAGGGAAUGAGAUCCCUCUGGUGCUGUGGAAAGCUCUCUGCGGUGAUGUAAGGUGUGACUACAAAAAGGUCAGCAAACGCUUAGAACUUCAAAACUUUAUUCGGAGUGUGCACACUUUUGCAGCCACAUCUAUUUUUACUUCUCAAAUUUUUUUUUUCCCCAAAUUUGAGUUGUCAGGCUAAAGGCCACAAUGGAUGAUUCCCCCCCCCCCACACCGCCUUUAUCACAAAAACCUGACAUUUGAGCACAGGUGUGUAAACAUUUUACAGUAUAUCAACUGUAGACAUUCAAGAGGUUGUACUAGCUGUUUCUUUUCAUGUAAUUGAAGUGUCGGGAUUCAUCCUAAGGACCGUGUGGACUUGCUUUGGCCCCAUCGACAUGACCAUGCAAUAACUGGCUAAAUUGUGACACAUUUUCUUAAUUUUGCACUAUAAACUUGGGAGUUUUACGUGGGUUUUAUUGCAUUCACACAAACUCUAUGCCUCUGGGAUAUGAAUGAACAUUUCACUGACCAGAUGACUGCAAAAACAAAUAAAAUGUCUUGUUACGACUACA